GGUCACACCGGCCCCAGAGUUAACCUUCCUGAACAUUUGCGCUCACGUGCGUGCAUAUGUGUUAUGGAGCACAUGCAUAAUGCAUACAGAUAGUGCAGUGCUGCACAUAUAGCUUACGAAAGAAUUUCGAUUGCGUAAUUAACCGGCUUUACACGGCCGCCGUCUUCGAGAAUCAAAGUAGGGUCUACCGGUAUAUUUAAAGCGUGAAAGUAUAGCUAUAGCUCUGGGAAUCGCGAAAAAUACGAACAAUGGGCUUGAUGAGGAUCUUAUCGCCAAGGUUUGCAUACUUGGGGAGAAAUGUUGCUCAACUUCGGCAGUGCCAGUGGCAGUGUUCAGCGUUUCCAGUGAGUGCAAGAUAUUCUACAGCCACAUUAGUCUCCAACGAUGACGUACGGAAGAUCAGGAACAUUGGUAUCUCAGCCCACAUUGACUCCGGCAAAACAACUCUUACGGAAAGAUUACUUUUCUACACAGGACGGAUAAAAGAAAUGCAUGAGGUAAAAGGCAAGGACAAUGUCGGAGCUACCAUGGAUUCCAUGGAGUUGGAGCGUCAAAGAGGGAUCACCAUCCAGUCUGCUGCCACCUAUAUCUCAUGGAAGGACAACAAUAUUAAUAUCAUUGACACACCAGGCCAUGUGGACUUCACGGUAGAGGUUGAGAGAGCUCUAAGGGUACUGGAUGGGGCAGUGUUAGUCCUGUGCAGCGUGGGUGGGGUGCAGAGUCAGACACUCACAGUCAACAGGCAAAUGAAGAGAUACGCAGUACCCUGCAUAGCAUUCAUCAACAAACUGGACAGAAUGAAGGCCAACCCACACAAAGUUCUUGGCCAGCUUCAGUCAAAGAUGAACCACAAUGCAGCAUUCCUCCAGCUUCCUAUUGGCUUAGAGGCAGACACGAAGGGCGUGGUUGACCUCAUACACAGGAGGGCGCUAUACAAUGAAGGGAAUGCUGGAGAAGUGAUACGAGAAGGAGAGGUACCAGAGGAUAUGCAGGCAGAGGUCGAAGAAUACAGACAAAAACUCAUUGAAUCUCUGUCAAAUGUUGAUGACAAGCUUGGAGAGAUGUUUCUGGAAGAGAAGGAACCAAAUGAACAACAGAUUAAGGAAGCUGUGAGGAGAUGCGUGCUGAAAAGGACUUUCACCCCAGUCAUGAUGGGAACGGCUCUAAAGAACAAAGGAAUGCAGCCACUUUUAGAUGCCGUCUUAGACUACCUUCCAAAUCCGACUCAAGUGAACAACUACGCUUUCAAUGACAAAGAUGAGAAGGUUCAGAUGAGUCCUGUCAGAGAUAACUCUGAAAAGUUUGUCUCCCUGGCCUUCAAACUAGAGGCAGGUAGAUUUGGCCAAUUGACUUACAUGAGGAUCUACCAAGGCUGUUUACAGAAAGGGCAGUACAUCUACAACACGAGAACCACCAAAAGGGUGAAAGUCUCCAGGCUGGUACGCAUGCACGCAGAUACAAUGGUGGAUGUGAGCGAGGUGUAUGCAGGAGACAUCUGUGCUCUGUUUGGGGUAGAGUGUGCUAGCGGAGACACAUUCACCACAGAACCAAAGACUAAGAUCUCCAUGGAACCAAUGCAUGUACCAGACCCGGUCAUCUCUCUCGCCAUCAAACCAGAAAAGAAGACUGAUCUAGAUAACUUCUCCAAAGCCAUCAACAGGUUUACAAGGGAAGACCCAACAUUCACUGUUUACUUUGAUGAUGAAAGCAAAGAGACCAUUGUAUCUGGUAUGGGUGAACUCCAUCUUGAAAUCUACGCACAGAGAAUGAGGAAUGAAUACAACUGUCCAGUCAUCACCGGCAAACCUAAGGUUGCUUUCAGGGAAACCAUCACAGAUGAUGUCGACUUUGAAUAUCUUCACAAGAAGCAAUCUGGUGGAUCUGGACAGUUUGGUAAAGUCAUUGGAACAAUAGAACCUCUGUCACCUGAGCAAUACACCAAAUUUGAGUUUAGUGAUGAGACUGUUGGAACAAAUAUCCCUAAGCAGUUUGUACCUGCUAUCGAAAAGGGCUUCAUUGAAGCAACAGAGAAGGGCCCCCUCAUUGGCCAGAAGAUCACCGGUAUCCGUGUCAGGCUUUUCGACGGACAGCAUCACAUGGUAGAUUCCAGUGAGCUGUCUUUCAGGCUUGCUGCCAUGGGUGCCCUCAGACAAGCGAUGGGAAAUUCUAACAACCAGAUUCUUGAACCGAUCAUGGACGUAGAAGUCAACGCACCCAAUGAAUUUCAAGGAGCUGUCCUUGCCGGUAUCAACAAGAGGACAGGGGUCAUUCUUGGCAGUGAUGGAGGGGAGGGGUACUUCACUCUCUAUUGUGAGGUCCCUCUGAAUGACAUGUUUGGCUACUCCACGGAGCUGCGUUCCUGCACCCAGGGGAAGGGGGAGUACUCCAUGGACUUCAGCCGGUACCAGCCAACCAGGCCCGCGGUCCAGGAGGUGUUGGUCCAGGCCUAUCAGACCGAAAAUGGUCUAGUCAAGACCGCUAAGAGAUCCAGAUGAUGAUUGGUUUUCCUGCUGGAAAUGGGAAAGUGCAUUUUGUGGUUGAAGACAAUUAGAUAACUAUUGGAGAUGCAGCAGAGUUUUAGUGAUGGACUUUUAAAUAGCCAACGAGCUGGUCGAGAACUAGGGACUGUGUUUCUAAGACCAGGACCUAAAAGGCAAUAUUGGAUGCAUUUGUCUGUGAUUAGGUCUUCGGGUCUAGACUAAGACAUUGAAAUCUGUAGACGGAAACUAGUUUUUGUCACUAUUAUGAAAUAUGAUGUGCAGAGUACUGCAAAACCAUAACAUUUCACCGGCUUGAAAUGUUCACAAAUUUGGUGAGUGGUUCAGAUUGGCGAAAGCAGUAUGCCGCGAAACAACUGAAUCACGCCUGACAUAACAUUGAAUAUUGCUGAAGAAAUUAUUGUUUACAAUUUGCGAUAGUUUUGGGUUUUAAUCAGUGUUCAUCUUAAGUCCAAGGUAUUUGGUGUCCCGUAUGUUACCAAGUAUUGUAGAGUUCUGAACAUAAAUAAUUUCAUAUUUGGUCUGGUAGAAGCUCUAGUAUUUUUGUAAACUUUGUACAAUGAUCAGAUAUAGUAAAACCCCUAAAUGUGAUCUGUGACAUACGGGACAAAAUAGCUUGGACUUCCCCGGGAUGAAUCUGGGGUUCCAACAUAGUCAAAGUGACAUUAAAGUCUUAUUUCAGAUAUGAUGCGGCAAAACCAUGGCAUUUCAUUUUUAUUAUGAUGUAAAUUAUACUCUUCCCAUUUCUGUUUUUUAUGACACACAGCUAUUAAAUUGAAUAUGCACAGGACCUGUUUUGCAGGCAGUUGCCAUUCAUAAAGCAGCAAUUUCAUUGCUCCAUAACUGAAAGAGAUAUAUCCUCAAAUUGCAAAACAUCAUGUAUGUGAAAUUAAUAUGUGUAGAAACUGGCUUCUUAAUACAUAAUACUGCAAAACAUGUGAGCAAGACUGACCAAAAUACUCCAGGUAUGAAAACUAUGUUAUACUUGUUCUAUUCAGAAUUGUAUUGUAUGCAUGUGUAUUUAUACAAAUAUUUGCAACUUCUGCUGCAAAAUUUCCCUCUCUGUCUUUUAGGCAUGAAUAUUUUAUCUGUGCCUAUUUAUGUUGUGACCUUGUCUUGUAGACUGAAAAAUGUACAUGUAUUUGCCAGAGUGUAUGAAUGAUAAAGAAUUUUAAUAUUUAAAAUACGGA